AUGCGCGCCAUCUGCCCUUCACUAAUCCUCCUCUGCGCUGCCACUGCGACAGCUGCUCAGCGUCAGGAGCAUCAAGACUCGACUCUCGGCGGCAUUAAUGAAGAAGACAAUAACGUGUUCGCUGAGCACUAUGGUCUCGGCGCCGAUUCAGGCUACGAGUACGAGGGGUUUGUGCCUGAACAAGGCACUGGAGAGGCUUAUGCUGGUGAGGAGGGGCAAAGAUACGAAGAUGGGAGUGGGAGUGGGGCUGUGGAUAUCAGUUCUGCGAAUAGCUUCGGGGUCCGCUCUGAGGGAGUUGGUGAUGGAAGGGUCGUUGAGGGUGGGGAGCAGGAUCAAGAUGGGCAGGAGGCCGAAGACGAAGACGACGUGGAGGGCAAAGGAGAUGCAGGAGCAUACGGCAUGCCUCCGAAGCGCUUCUUUGUGCGCUCCUUUCACCCCGACCGGGGAGAAAUGCCGUUCGGCGGGGAGGAGCUGGAUGGAAUGUUGGGUAACUUGGGUUCAGUGGAAGAGCUUGAGGAUGACGGAGAUGAUUUAGCGGAUGGUAGCGGCGAGGUCUUGCCCGUAAUACAAUUCGAAAGGCGACAAAGUGCUGAUGAGGUCUUUGAGGAGCAUUACAUCAACGAUGAUGAGGCUGACGGGCAUGUUGAUGAAGAGGAAGACAUGGAUGAAGAGGAGGAACACUUGGACGAUGAGGAUGUUGAUGACGAAAACGUUUAG